UCUCUCUCUCUCUCUCUCUCUCUCUCUUUCCCGUACAGAACAGUCGGACCGGGCACCGCCAAGGCAAAGGAAACAUGAGUUACUCCGGCGACAUUUACAGCAGCAGCUCCUAUAGGAAGAUCUUCGGAGAUGCCCCCCGGUCCGGCCGAGUGGGUCUGGGCAGCAGCAGCCCGUCCCGCCUGCACUCUGCCUCUGCGGGAUACCGCAGCAGCCAACGCACCUACGGCUCCCCCUCCGUGAUGUCCUCCACCGGCUACCGCAGGACGGCGGCUCCCGGCCGCGUCUUCUCCUCCAUGCCGGACUCCGCGAUGGACCUGACCCAGUCCACCGCGGUCACCAACGAGCUCAAGAUCAUCCGCACCAACGAGAAGGAGCAGCUGCAGGGCCUCAACGACCGCUUCGUGUCCUUCAUCGAGAAGGUGCACAACCUGGAGCAGCAGAACAAAGUGCUGGAGGCGGAGGUGAACAUGCUGCGCCAGCGCCACAGCGAGCCCUCGCGCCUCCACGAGCUCUACGAGCAGGAGAUCCGCGAGCUGCGGGCGCGCGUGGAGGAGCUCACGCACGAGAGGAGCCAGAUGCACGUGGACUGCGUUCAGAUGAACGACACGCUGGAGCGCGUGCGGGAGAAGCUGGAGGAGGAGACUAAGCUGCGCGAGGAGGCCGAGAACACCCUGAAGGGCUACCGAAAGGACGUGGACGACGCCACCCUGUCGCGCCUGGAGCUGGAGAAGAAAGUGGAGUCGCUGCUGGACGAGAUCGCCUUCCUCAGGAAAGUUCACGAGGAGGAGCUGCAGGAGCUGCAGGCGUCUCUUCAGGCCACUCAGGUGUCAGUGGAGAUGGACAUGAGCAAACCGGACCUGACUGCCGCCCUGAAAGACAUCCGGGCUCAGUAUGAGAACCUGUCAUCCAGGAACCAGGCCCAGGCAGAAGACUGGUACCGCUCCAAGUUUGCUAGCGUGACUGAAGCGGCUGCCCGCAACCAGGACGCCAUCAAGCACUCAAAGGAGGAGCUGAGCGAGUACCGCAGGCAGGUGCAGUCCCGCACCCUGGAGAUCGAGUCCCUCAGGGGCCACAACGAGGCCCUGGAGAGGCAGAUCGCCGAGAUGGAGGAUCGCCAUAACAAUGAAAUCGGAGAGAUGCAGGAUACCAUUCAGGAACUGGAGGCUGCCCUGCGCAGCACCAAAGGAGAAAUGUCCCGUCACCUGCAUGAAUACCAGGACCUGCUGAACGUCAAGAUGGCGCUGGACAUUGAGAUCGCUGCCUACAGGAAGCUGCUGGAAGGCGAGGAGUGCCGCCUCAGCUCCGUCGGCGGAGCCAUGGUCCAGUCCGGCUACCAGGGCUUCUCCUACAUGUCGGCCCGCAGCUACUCCCUCGGAGCCUACAGGAAGGCUGAGGCCAAGCCCGAGGAGGCGGAAGAGGAGGAGGCCGUGGAGGAGGAGGAGGACGCAGAGGGAGAGGAGAACGAAGAGGAGGGAGAGGAGGGAGAAGAGGGAGAGGAGGGAGAGGAGGGAGAUGACCAGGAGGAGGGCGAGGGAGAGGGUGAGGGAGAGGAGGAUGAAGAGGAGGAGGAGAAGCAGAAAGAGAAGGAGAAGGAGAAGAAGAAGGAGAGCCCCACCGGCAAGACCAGCAAGAGCUAAACUGCUCGUUUCCGACAUCAUCGUCUCCAUCGUCGUUAUCAAUAACACAUUCCACAUCCCACCAAUCACAGUCUAUGGAUCCGG